ACUCGGUGACGUCAGAGGGAGUGUGAGUGUGAGGCGCACGGUCAGGUAUAAAACCCGACGCCAGAGGUUGGUCUGUGUUACCUGGUGCUGCUGGAGCCUAGUGCAAGGUAGAGUAGCUCGCGAGUGCUUGACAGCUGCUGGCCCUUAUUGGAAGACUGUUGUGUCCGCCCUUUGAACGCAGGACUGUCUGUUGCUUUGGGUGAUCAUGGCGCUGAGCUGUCUUCAAGUCUCGUGUGCUGCUGCUGUUGCGGUUCUUCUCAUCUCCAGUGUCGCUGAAGGCUGCAGUGACUUAGACCAGAGGUGUGAGCAGUGGGCGUAUUCAGGAGAAUGCACCAACAACCCAGGCUACAUGAAAGUCAAUUGCCCCGUGUCCUGCCACAUGUGCGUCGUGCAAGACAAGGAGUGCCAGAACUUAAACGAAAUGUGCUACGCCUGGGCGAACAACAAUGAAUGCAAGACAAAUUACAGUUACAUGCGAAAAGCCUGUGCCCGGGCAUGCAGCUUCUGCCAGCCGGCGAACGACCAUUCAGUCCCUCAUGUCCACGCCAACAAGGUGGACUCACUGUGGGAAAAGUACCAAAAACUUUACCCCGGCAUGCCCAGACACCAUGGAUAAGUGGCGCACUGCAACCACACCUCGUCAUUCUGUCAUAAUCACUUCAGGUUCAGUGCUUAAGUCACCGGCCGAAAAAGCGUCCAGUCUAGUGUAUGUGUUAUUUAAUUCCUCCACAAAUGUCUAAUUUUUGUUUCUGCCUGUAUGUAAAGUAGAAUCCUAAAGUUUAAUCUGAAAUUGAAGUACGAGUAGGAGAGCAAAUCAUCAUUAGCUCAAACCUUAACUAGUGAUACUGAAUCUGUUUAUGAUUGUCUGCUGAAGUACACCUCAAAUUGAAGUGAAUUAAUGCUGAAUAGAAAACUGAAGAGAGCAAGUCCAUCACAAGCUCUAACUUUGACAUUUUAUGAGUCUAUCUGUAAAAUUCUUUCCUGAAAUAUCUUAAAUUGGAGUUAUGAGUUAGUAGCAGUCACUUAUCAUUACUAUUGUGAGAGAACUGAAUCUAACUGAAUCAGUUAUGAUACAGUUGUAGUCACUCGUCUGAAUCUAAAGUGAAUUGUAAGAGUUUCAGGCACCAACUAACAAGUACCUAUGUGGCAUAAAGGCUCUUUUAGUCAUUGUUACUAAAUCAGCUUGAACAAAGGAGAGAAAGCCUCAAACAGGUGCUCGAAUUACUGAGGGUAGAAACAAGUACAAUUAGAGGACAAGCCAGAAAAAGGUCGUUAGCGCUGCCCCUUCCCAAGGGAUUAUUUCAUUGACGUCAUCACCAUUGUCACUAUCAUCACCCCCAUCUGCAUCUGCAUGUUCAGCUCAAAUUACACAAUUAAGACUUACACAACCUUCUGUAAUACUAGUGUAACAGUGAUAUGAGGAAAAGACAUCCAUGCAUUAUUAAUGAUAGAAGUACUACAUGUGUGUGUGUGUGUGUGUGUGUGUGUGCGUGUGUGUGUGUGUGUGUGUGUGUGUGUGUGUGUGUGUGUGUGUGUGUGUGUGGAUGCAAGAAAAACAAGUCUAGUUUUACUUGAUCUUUCAUUAAAUUUUGUAUUUGCUUACUUGUCACGAGCUUUUCUUCUCGUCUGCGCUAAUUCCCACAACAGUUACUCUGUGCAUCAAGCACAGAGUAUAUCAAUCUGACUUUCGGCCAUUGUCACGCGCUUUUCUAGACCUUUUCACUGAAAUUUGGACAUUAGAAAAAAGGCAUUACAUAAACUUCAUAUAUUUAUUCUAUAUAUCAAAAUAUUACUUAGAUGUAAUGUAUAUAAUAUUAUUUUAUAUUAAAAAAUUAAUACUUA